UCUUAAGACAGUAUCUCGCUUUUGGCUAGCUCUUUCUGUGUGGCCGUUGCUCUCCUAACUUGUUUUUUUCCAGAGGAGUGACUUCGAAAAACGCGGUCUGAAACUUCGGAAAAACGUGACCGUGGAUACCGUGUACAAAGAGGUAGCGAAUCUCGACACAGAGCAUUGGGAGAAUAUCAGAGGACCUCGAGAGUUUGAAGAUAACUGCGAAUACGAGCAGAUAAAGUAG